AUGUCAAGCAUAACAACAGUGAUCAGACACUCCGGUUUUUGGAAUGAACAGAAUUGUUUUGUUGAUUACAAACUAGACGCAGUUGUCUUCAAAGAUUAUUGUUCAUACGGUGAUUUGGUUGAAACUAUAGCAAUUCAGUUAGGUGUUGAUAUUAGCAGGAAAACGAUAUCAAUAAAAUAUGUUGUUGAAGGAGACAACAUGCCAAUUGAAAUACGCAACAAUAUGGGAGUAAGGGUGUAUGUUGAGCUUAAGAGAGAAAACAGGGGAUUUGAAGCAUAUCCGUUGUGCGUUAGCAUAACUGAUAAUGAUCUUGAGAAUUUUAUGUCCGGCGAAUCUGCAGUUGGAGACGAUAUGUUUCAACUUGAAUUUAAUGAUUAUAUGUAUGCUAUAAACGUAGUUGAUUCAAAUGAUUUGGAUGCGUCGGAUUGUGCUAAGGCUGUUGUUUUAUUUCAAAACAACGAUGACUUGAUAAUUUCGAACAAGGAACAUAAAGAUGUUUUUGUUGAUCAAAUCUACAAAGAUAAGGACACUCUGAAGAAUGUUAUGGCGAAUUAUGCAAUUCGCAAAAGAUUCAAUUUCAGGACAGAGAGGUCGAAUGCCGUAAGUUACACUCUGGUAUGUUGUUUAACUGAUUGUCGUUGGAAAUUCAGAGCUUCAAGUAUAGCGAACUCUGAAAUGUUCAGAGUGAGAUCUUUUCAUGACGAACAUACGUGUCCAUUGAAGGACAAAGUGUAUUCCCAAAGGCAAGUAACAAGUUGGUUGAUUGGUGCGUCAGUUGUUAAGCCAAAAAUAGCAAAUCACAAGAGGAAAUAUACACCUGGUGAUAUAGUAGACGACGUAAAAAAUGAGUAUGGCGUUGAUGUUUCUUAUAUGACGGCAUGGAGGGCUAGAGAAAAGGCAAUGAAUGAAUUAAGAGGGGAACCAACAGAAUCAUACAAGAAGUUACCGGGAUAUGUCUACAUAUUGGAUAAAACAUACCCUGGAUCACAUGUGAGAAUGCACAUAUCACAACAAAACGAGUUCUUGUAUUUGUUUAUAACACUUAAAGCGUUCAUAAAAGGCUUCGAGUGUUGUAGACCAAUAGUUGUAGUAGAUGGUUCCCACCUUAAAACUACAUAUAACGGUACUUUUGUAUCGGCCAGCACGUUGGAUGGUGCAGUUCCAAUAUGCUUUAUGCUAUAUUUCACUGUAAUAUUACACAAAAACAUGUAUGUGCAGUUCAAACAAGCUUAUGGGAAUAGGGAUAACAUGUGUGUUGUAUCAGACAGACAUGAGAGCAUCAUUAAGGCGUCGAAUGGUGAAGUAUUGAGUCCUGUAUUCUAUGCACUUGCAAAAGCAUACACACAAGCUGAGUUUGAUAAGUUGAUGGAGAAGAUUGAGAAGGUUGAUUUUCUGGUAAAAGAGUACUUGGAGGAUGCUGGAAGGGAAAAGUGGGCUCGACUGUAUUCACCCGUUAACAGAGGAUGGACAAUGACGUCAAAUAUAGCCGAAUGUAUUAAUGGAAAAUUGGUAGCAGCAAGAGAGUUGCCGGUUUUCGAUUUUCUUGAAGAAGUGAGGAAGAUGUUUGGGAGAUGGAAUUGCACUAAUAGGAGGAACGGUACAUACACAUUCACAACACUUGGGAAAGCAUUCCAGCAAUUAUUAUCAAUAAACGAAUGUAAAUCUCUACGUAUGACGGUUGAACCAUCAACUGAAUAUGUGUAUACCGUAAAUGAUGAGGCAAGACGAUUCAUAAUUGAUCUUAAAAAGAAAACAUGCAACCUAUUCAAACCAAAGACAGUGAUUAAGACGUAUGAUGUGCCUGUGGAUCCUCUGCCUGACGAGACUGAGUGGAAUAUUCCCAAACACAUAAGCGAUGAAGUUGUUUUGCCACCAAGAUACAAGAGACCCCCGGGAAGGCCAAAGAAAAAGCGAGAUAAACCAUUAAUGGAGACGAUGAUUGGUAAACGUAGGAAUGCUUGUAGUACUUGUGGAUGUCUUGGUCACAAUAGACGUUCUUGUUCCAAUGAGUCACGUAAGAAGUAG